CUACCUAGGUCUUACACCUUUUGGGAUUCCAGACACGAUGAACCAUUUCUUCUAUGCCUUCUGGAGCUAACCGAGAAGGGCCAGAUUGAUGAAGGGAUAUGCAAGAAUGGUGUGUUUAAGGAGAUCGAGAGGAUGAUGGAAAAGCUGGUACCCGGAUGCGGUUUGAUGGCAAAGGGGAAUGUUAAGACCAGAGUGAAGAAGAUGAAGCACUGGUAUCAUUCGACUGUGAUGAUGCAGCAUCAUAGUGGUUUCGGGUGGAACGAGCAGCACUCCUAUGUAGAUGCACCUGAAGAUGUAUGGGAAAAAGUUUCUCAAGGUUAG